AUGGAGAAGGUAACAGCCUCCUGGGAAUUGGAGAUAGAAUUCUGUUUCCCUGGUGAAGUAAAUAUUUGCGUUCUCUUUAAAGCACUCUUCACGCCUCAUUCUGCGUGUCAACGAACGCUUCCAGAAGCAGCCAAAUCGGAGACAGAAGUGGCCCAACUUCCUGAAAAACAAUGCUCAUUUAAUGAUAACCAAGCCAUACUCUGGCCUUUACACGAAAUCAAAGCUUAA